AUGUCGUCAAGUUCCUCCGAUCGAACUGCUUCCGCCUCCGGCAAUCCAACUCCGGCAGGUGCGAACGGUCUUUCCGGCGCUCAUCACUUCGUGAGCAUGAAACUGACGAACAGAAACUUUCUGUUUUGGCGCACCCAAAUCAUCCCAUUCCUUCGCGGCCAAGAAUUGCUUGGUUAUGUGGACGGGAGUUAUCCAUGUCCUCCGGCCACGAUUGCCGCUCCUUCGACCGGGACCUCCGACGACGCGACUGCCUCCACCAUUCCCAAUCCGGCGUUCAAAGCCUGGGAGAAGCAGGACCAGUCCAUAUUGUCGUUAUUGGUGUCCUCCAUGGCGGAUGAAGUUCUCCAUCUCGCCAUCGGAAAAGAAACAUCUGCUGCGGUGUGGUCAUCCAUUACAUUCGCCCUUGGAUCGUCGAGCCAAGCCAGAUGCCUCAGUCUGUUGGGGCAGUUCCAGGUUCUCCGGCAAGGCCACUCCACCACCGCCGAGUACCUCGGGCGUGCGCAAUUGCUCGUGGAAGCCUUAGCUCAAGCCGGCCGGCCGUUAUCCCUCAUGGAGCAGAAUCUCUAUGUCUUUCGGGGAUUACGUCCGGAACUGAAGGCCAUGGCGACUUCCUUGACGGCAACGGGAUCUCCGGUCACCUUAGCGCAUCUCUCCGAUCAUCUCCAGGCCCACGAGUUUAUACUCGUGGACGAUUAUCCGGUCGGCGGCGACUCACCUGGCAGCCUCACGGCCAUGUACGCCAGCUCGGGUCGUGGCAGUACGCAGCAAGGUGGCGGCAGGCAGUCAGGAAAUCCGCAAGGGCGUGGUGGCCGGAACAACUGUGGUGGCGGCCAGAAUAGGGGUGGACGAGGUGGCCGUGGAACUCCGAGGUGUCAGAUAUGCAGGUCCCACGGUCAUACGGCGGUGUAA